CAGAGCAACCCCCAACACCUCAGCUGCCUUUAGGAAUGAAAGCUUGCGUGUUUAUUUUUCAAAAGAGAAACCAAUAUUCUCCAUUCAGCUUUUAAGGGAUACUCCGUGAUCAUAUUUGCAUUUCAUCUUGAUCUUUUUUGCACUAUCAGUGAGUCACCUCUGAGACAUGAGCAGUUUGUGUUUGGACCAUAAAAACAUAAUGACUGGAGGAUUUAUUCUCAGAUCUGUGUGAGGGGGCUGAAAGGAGUCAUUUAUGAUGCGUGUCCCUCAGGUCCCACCUCAGCCCCUCUUGACUCCCAACGCGUCGGGGACGCCCACUCCACUUCUGCCGCGCUGCGCUCGGAGCAUCAGCAUCGCUCUCUCCUUCCCAUCAGAGUCAUUUCGGAGCGGGAGAACCCUCUGAAGACCCUCGGGGGAAUGGCCCCGGAACGGGAUGGCUCCAACACCAGCACCACGGCCUCCAGCAGAGUCUUGGCCAACCAGUUCGCGCAGCCCGCGUGGCGCAUCGCGCUCUGGUCCGUGGCAUACGUCACAGUGCUGGCCGUGGCCGUCUUCGGCAAUUUGAUAGUGAUUUGGAUCAUUCUUGCGCACAAGCGGAUGAGGACCGUCACCAACUAUUUCGUACUGAACUUGGCUUUCUCUGACUUCUCCAUGGCUGCCUUCAACACCCUCAUCAACUUCAUCUACGCGGCCCACGGUGACUGGUACUUUGGAGACGUCUACUGCAGGUUUCACAACUUCUUCCCGGUCACGGCUGUGUUUGCCAGCAUCUACUCCAUGGCCGCGAUUGCCUUGGACAGAUACAUGGCCAUCAUUCAUCCUCUGAAGCCUCGUCUGUCUGCUAAAGUCACACUGGGAGUUAUCUUCUGCAUUUGGACCCUCGCUGUGGCUCUUGCCUUCCCUCUCUGCUACUUCUCCACCACCAGAACUCUACCGGGGAGAACCUUCUGUUAUGUGGCCUGGCCCCGCAUGGUGGACGACCCCUUCAUGUAUCACAUCAUAGUUACUGUCCUGGUUUAUGUGCUGCCGUUAGCUGUGAUGGGCAUUACUUACACCAUAAUUGGAGUGUCGCUGUGGGGAAGUGAGAUCCCAGGAGACUCAUCUGAAAACUACCACGCACAACUCCGGGCUAAAAGGAAGGUGGUGAAAAUGAUGAUCAUUGUGGUGGUGACGUUUGCCCUCUGCUGGUUGCCAUAUCAUGUCUACUUCAUUGUGACCGGUCUGAAUAAGCAUCUGAUGAAGUGGAAGUACAUCCAGCAGAUUUACCUGUCAGUGCUUUGGCUGGCCAUGAGCUCCACCAUGUAUAAUCCCAUCAUCUACUGCUGCCUCAACAGCAGAUUCAGGGCUGGCUUCAAGCAGGUCUUCCGCUGCUGCCCCUUCAUCCGGAUGUCAAGCUACGAUGAGCUGGAGCUCCAAAGCACCCGACUUCGGCCAUGUCACCAGAGCAGCAUGUGUACCCUGACUCGAGUCGACACCAGCAUCCUGAGCAAAAGCAAGAGUAUUUGUUCCCGAGGAAACAGGUCAAAGGCAAACUCUGAGCAGAAUAAUAAAGACAGCUAGACUUCAUGGGACUCUGUCAUUUCCUGCUCAGAAUAUUAUGUUUACAGUAUUUUAUUUAUACAAAUGUUUGGCAUUUGACAACUCGUGUUAUCUUUUGAAACUUCUUGCAUAUCUUUCCAGACAAUUAAGGCUAGAUUACAAGUAGCUUAAGGCUGGAAACGAGUUACUAGGAUUUUGUUGCCCUGACAGGGAGGAAAUCUCAAAGCAAAGUCUUUAGCAGAAACAAAGGUUUGGCCCCCAAAUAUUAAAUAUGGAGAAGUAGUUGCUCCACCUCUUCCAUUGUCCAGAUGCCUUUGCUAUGAGACACACUUCCUCUGAAAACAGUAAAGUUGCCCUGUUGGUGCUUUGGCUUGGCACCGAUAAUAGAUCUGGGGGUUGACAAUAGACCAUCUGAGAUAGCAACUUCCUAAAAGAAAGACAUUAACGCUCAUGUUGACAGCAUGUGGGACUAUAUUACAAUAGGUUUGUGCAACCAGUAUAAAAUAAAACUCACAAAAAGAAUGGAAGUUUUCAGGACAAAGACAGAAAUGAUAGACAGAUCAUCUUAGCCACAGCCCAAAACGUCUGGCAUCUGUUUAAAAAUCUAUUUUUGAUUUAAAAUUAAGCACUUAAAAGGUUUUCUUCAAAUUUUCCCAAAUUAAAAUUUUGCACUCCGCAUAAAUACUUCAACACUCUAGUUGAAGGGAAACUUACAACAACCUAAGCAUUAAUGACUCUAGUUUUAAAGCUGGAAGGUGGAUGAAGAUGAUGGAGGAAGUGAACAAAACAGACAAACUAUGAACUUUAUAGACAGGGUAUCCUGUUCAGCUACACUUAAAGUUCUAUUCAUUCGUUGUUUAAUUCGUCUGUAAACCACCAAUUCACAACUAAUCUCAUCUGGAGAUGCACUAUGAGACAAACUGGCCUUUUCCCCCAGGAACUGUUCUUAUUUCCCCUGAGAAAAAAACCUCAUUGGCUUAAUGAGAAUUAUUUUGAAAUCUGGCAGGAGUAUGAAUGAUUUUAGUUAUAACUGUAUUAUGUCGUUACAUGCAGGAGUACAUUUUUCAACAUACCAGGAGUUACCUUUACAUAAAUUAAAGAAACAUUUUUGAAUGAUACGUAGCAUAUUUUCACAGAUUUUCAUUUAGUUCAGAUAAAUAUAUAUAUAUUUUGUACCUGCGGUCUAUUUUUUGUUGCUUGAUGUCCAGUUUAAUAGUUUUUAUUCUUCUCAUUAAAAUGUGUUGUAGAAAUAAUGAUUUUUUUUUUUGCUGCAAAACACUUCAAAAUUCCCAUUUCCACGUCACUGAAAGGGAAAUGUUAGUGCACUGGCGUUUCAUUAAGAUGUAUAAUAUUUUGUAUAUACAUGCUUUUUUGUGAUGCAUUUAAAGAGAAUAGUUGCUACAUGUCGAGUAAAGCCUGUUAAUGAUUUGUAGAAUGAUUUCAUUUCUGUUUGAGGUAUAUCUCUUUUUGUGUUAAACGCCAGUGGUUGUUGUUAAUCCCUCAGAAAGAGUUUUGUUAAUACAAUUUAAACUGUU